UCUAACAGGUCCGCUUCUUUACCAUAAGUUAUCGAUGCACUGCCGGAAAGCGCAUUUCGCAUUUGUUGUGAUCCAAAGUCAAAGAAAAUGUCCGGACGAGGCAAGGGAGGUAAAGGACUCGGAAAAGGAGGCGCCAAGCGUCAUCGCAAGGUUCUCCGUGAUAACAUCCAGGGAAUCACAAAGCCCGCUAUCCGCCGCCUCGCUCGCCGUGGUGGUGUGAAGCGAAUCUCCGGACUCAUCUACGAGGAGACUCGUGGUGUGCUGAAAGUUUUCCUGGAGAACGUGAUCCGUGAUGCCGUCACCUACACCGAGCACGCCAAGAGAAAGACCGUGACCGCCAUGGAUGUGGUCUAUGCUCUGAAGCGUCAGGGCCGCACUCUGUACGGCUUCGGCGCAAAGGCUCCGAAGAAGAGUUCAACCAAGCCCAAGAAAGCCGGACCAAGUGUCGGCGAGCUCAUCAUCAAAGCUGUAACUUCCGCCAAGGAGAAGAGCGGCGUCUCUCUUCCAGCCCUGAAGAAGGCUUUGUCGGCCAGAGGAUACGAUGUGGAGAGGAACAACUCUCGUGUCAAGCUGGCUGUCAAGGGUCUCGUCUCUAAGGGAACUUUGGUCCAGACCAAAGGAACCGGCGCGUCCGGCUCCUUCAAGCUGAACAAGAGGAAGGCCGAGGCAAAGAAGAAGCCCGCCAAGAAAGCUGCUCCCAAGGCGAAGAAGGCUGCGGCCAAGAAACCUGCGGCUAAGAAGGCUGCAGCAAGGAAGCCGGCUGCCAAGAAACCUAAGAAGCGCGUUGCGGCUAAAGCCAGGAAGCCCGCUGCUAAGAAGGCUAAGAAACCCGCCAGAGCGAGGAAAGUAGCCAAGAGCCCCAGGAGAGCUAAGCCAGCGAGGCGAUCACCCACCAAGGCCAGAAGGGCAGCACCUAAGAGGAGACUCGCAGGAGAAAUGGCAAGAACCAAGCAGACCGCACGUAAAUCCACCGGAGGCAAAGCCCCAAGGAAGCAGCUCGCUACCAAGGCUGCCCGCAAAAGCGCCCCAGCCACCGGUGGCGUGAAGAAGCCCCAUCGUUACAGGCCCGGUACCGUGGCUCUGAGAGAGAUCCGCCGUUACCAGAAGUCCACUGAGCUGCUCAUCCGCAAGCUGCCCUUCCAGCGUCUGGUCAGAGAAAUCGCUCAGGACUUCAAGACCGACCUGCGCUUCCAGAGCUCUGCCGUCAUGGCUCUUCAGGAGGCCAGCGAGGCUUACCUGGUCGGUCUGUUCGAGGACACCAACCUGUGCGCCAUCCACGCCAAGAGGGUCACCAUCAUGCCCAAGGACAUCCAGCUGGCUCGUCGCAUCCGUGGGGAGCGUGCUUAAGUUCAUCUUUCCCUCUAGAAAUCAAAAGGCUCUUUUAAGAGCCACCAAACUGUCGAUGAAGGCUUUAUUCGUUUCUUUGUCAACAUAAGUAGAUACGAUGAUGCACA